AACUUAAUUUUGGUAAGGUAGAGGACCGUACUUACAAGGUGAAUUCAUUGAACUGCUAGUCAAAUUGAACUAAUGAGAAGGCAAUCAGAGAUCAUCUUUGAAGUAGCUUUGUCAGAUACGGGAAUAUUACGUUUUCUAAGAAAUCUCUUACUUAAGCGAGUGGAAUUACUCAUCAUGGUUCGUUCCCCUUCGUCGACUCAUAAUUACUGCAGGACAUGCCUGGGCUUUGUGGAGAUAGUGAUAUGACGUGUCUGAUAGUUAUUUUUGGAGGUGGUUGAGGUCAUUGUGUUGUGGGUGCAUAUUAUUGACUCCUCUGGCCUUGAUAAGACCUGAACCAUGGGUGAACGUGUGACUGCACCAGCAGCCACAUCGAAACACCGCCCCUGGGAGUCUGCACAAGCCAAGUCAUUCUCCGGACAGGGAGUGGUGAGCAGCCCGACCUCAUUAGCUGAGAUAUUUGACACUGCAUUCUCCUCCACGGUGGAUCACCCACCGAAUGGCACUGACUACAGAACUGGUGAGGGCGAGAUGGAGUUCGAGCCACUAUUUGCAGAGAGUGAUGCUGAUGAUGUAGAUGUCGUAUCUCUAGAACAAUUCCCACGUACACCUGCAGAGCGAGCUGUUGGUGAGCCCCUUUAUGCCCAGUUCCGCCGUCGGCCAGAUGCUUGCUAUCGACGUGGGGCAUGGCCACCACCUCCACCACACCCAGAGCCUGUGGCAGCACCAUACUAUCGUCUGUUCCACUCUGAGGACACACAUCCAUAUGGUGACGCACGGAUGGACUGUGAUGCAGGCUUGGCCAUUGGAGGAAGUGAUCCAUAUGAUGCAGCACGGCGGAAGCGUGUGCUUCGCGAGGCUGACCGUACUACAACUACAAAACUGAAGGCCAAGAAGGGUGACCACAUGCGCCUUGGGGGUUCUGGGGAGGGCAGUUCUGCUGGUGCAUCUUGCAGCUUCCAUCGACCAGGUAGUGGUACCAGUGCAGGACCCAGUCCAGUGGGGGAAAGGGCUUCAGGAGGACGCCAGCACUUGCCUUCUGCAUGCUACCCACCAGCUGGUGCCAGGAAGAAGAUUGUACCUCCAGCACCACCUCUGCCAGCUGAGAAGAGACGCUUUCAACUGUUCUCUGCUGCAGAUGAUGUGGUCUCUGACCUGGAUGUUGUAAAUCAAGGACAUGGAGCUAAGCUGCUGGGUGUGAAACUGGAACAGCAGCAGGAGGAAGAUCCGGUGCCACCUACCCAGCCUCCAGCUCUGAAUCCAAACUCGUUUCCAGGUCCAUCAGGCACGCAGACCCAGAGCAUAGAGGAUGGCCCUUCAGCCCCAGACCUGCAGCUAGACUGGCUGUCAUCAAGCAGUGACAGUGACGACACAGAUGAUGACAGUGGUAUUGAGGUGGUUAGUGUGAAGUAUAAGCAGUCAGCAGCACAAAGGGAUCCAGUAGCAGUGGUGGACCUGACCCAGGAGUCUGACGAGGAGAUGUUUCCUGUUAGUAGCAGUGGACACUCUGCUCGGCCUUCCUGUGUAGCUUCAUCAGCCCCAGUCAUGGUGACAGACUCUCCUGUGUCACCUGGCCACAGUUCAUCCACUGGCCAAUAUGUCCCUUGCAGCACACCACCACCACGCGUGGCACCACCACCUCUGAUCCGGCUUCGCCUACCGUCAUGCCGGUACCAGUGUGGUGGGACUGAGACGGCUGAGGUUCCUCCCAUGCCUAACAAUACACAUCACUGCGGUGGGCUUUAUGGCAGUUGCAUGCACCCACAUGGGCGCUCUGUUCCAUGGGGACAAGGUCCCAGUGGCCCAGCCACACACUCGUACCCACCUGCAGCCCACACCUACUGCCUGGAUCCAUCACUCAGGCUUUCCCCUUUCCAGUAUGGACAACCAUCACAGCUACAUGCGAGUGGGGGAUUCCCAUACUUCCCUUCUUUGCCUCCAGCCACUCCAGCUCCUCCUCGUAUCUAUCCCCUGCAUGAGCGGUUGUGGCACUCCCAGCAGCGUAUGCAGGAAAUUCAGCGGCGACGACUGGACGCCCACUCCAUGCAUCUCCAGGGCCGCCCACGAGAGAAUCUAUUUCUGGAUGUCUACCAACAGCAGCAGCAACAGCCUCAGCAGCAACCACCACCACCACCACAGAACCACCACACGCAGCGCAUGUCUUCCCAGCAGGGACACCACUCAUACGGACUGCACCACCAUCACCACCACCACCAUCCGCACCACUAUCAUCAUCAUCAGCCUCCUCUUCCUACCCCCCAGCAGCCAACCGUGUACAGCCGCCCAGAAGUGGUUCCCACUCCUGGUCCAUCUGCCAUGAUCCCCCCGCCUGGCCCUCCUAUGGUUCCUCCCCCUCUGCAGGCCCCUGAUGUAGAUUUGCUGACUGCAGGCGGGGUUGUGCCACCACCUGGCUCCAUGGUUCCUGAUAUCCAGACUGAAAUUGUGGUGCAGAGCUCUCCACCCAGUAUGACCAUGGAGAGCUCUCAUCAGCAUGUGCACCACCACCUGUACCACUACCACCCACCUGGACGUAUGCAUCACCUGCACAUUAGCAUUGCUCCCACCAUGGCGGCUGGCAGCCCACGCCCACAGGAGCUUGUGUUCCCACCUGUCCUGCCACCUGAACUGAUGCCAUUCCCGUUCCUGGCACGUCAUAUGACUGCCCGCCUGGAGGACUACAUGCGUGUCGUGGAACAGCGCCGACUGGCACAGAUGAACCGAGGUGCCAGUCAGGAUACCAUAGAGCGCUACACUUUCCCACACAAGUACAAACAGGUGAAGAGGACCACUGAUGACACGGAGGAUAACACAGAGAAGUGCACCAUCUGCCUGUCUGAGUUUGAAGAUGACGAGGAUGUCAGACGUUUGCCCUGCAUGCAUCUGUUCCACAUCGAGUGUGUAGACCAAUGGCUGGCGACCAACAAGCGCUGUCCUAUCUGUCGUGUGGACAUAGAGACACACCUAAACAAGGAGCUGCCAUCCACCUGACAGUUACUGGAGUGCCACAAGGACUGAGGAACUCUCCCUACAUAUGUCUUCCAGCCAUCAUACUGCAAGUGGCUGUUUCUUGGCUGCUUCUCUGCUCUGCGGGUCAGAGUCAUGUUUUGUAAUGUUGGCAGUUCAUAUUGUGUUAACUAUGUUGUUCCCCUCUAGGUUUUGCCAACCCAACAGUGGUACAGAGUCCUUGUAGGCAUUUGUUUUAUUGUAUUGUCCGUUGAAUUAUCAAUGGAAAUAUUUUAGAUUUUUUUGGGGUGAGAUAUGAAAUUCAGUGGGGCCAGUUAAAAUCCAAGCUGCAGGAUCUCUUUUACUGAAUGGUUUUUUUUUUUUUGUUUUUUUUUUUUUAAGUUUUGCUGUUAAUUGAAAUUGGAGUUAUGGAAAUGUGUUUAUUGACUUGCCAGCAGAACAUGUUUGUGAUUGCGAGAUACCGUUUUAUCCAGGUUACACACUGAAACCAAUACCAGCCACAGUCCGCCCCCCUGGGGCCAGGCUGCAACAAACAUUCCAGUAGUGCCAACAGCACAGGUUUUGUUCUGCAGUGUCAUCAAGUUGGAAGUGUGACUCACUUGUUAGACGUUUUGUAGGGUAUUGAAAAUGAGUGACCAAACUGAUUUUUAAAGUUUUGCACUGCAUUACUGUGCUGUAUUUUUUUAAGUACAAUGAUCAACACAAAAACAGGCAUGCAGUUACGAUAGUUCAGUGCUGAUAGAACUGGCAGCCAUGUAAUGUGAAUGGGUCAUGUGGCGCACUAAAGUGAAUGAUGUUCAUGUUGAUUUAUAUGCGAAUAGUUUUGUUUGGUGACCUUCAGUUGUACAUACACAUUACGGAGAACCCACUGAUGAUUUGGGGCACCAUCACUGAGGUCUUCCUCAGUCAUGACUCUUGUGGUGAUAAAUCUGAGUGUUUUUGCAGUUUUUGUGAAUCUGAUAAAGUGGGCCUGCAAAGUUCUAGUUGAAUUUGGCAUUAGGUGGGCCUGCGAUAAUAAGGAAACACGUCAGUCAAAGCUGAUGCUGCCUGUGAGGCCGACAAGGGAAUGAGUCCAGUCGAAACCUCACCUGAAAUAUUGCUCAUGUACAGGGCCCAUCGAGAAUUUCAGCUGCUGGUACGUUAUGCAAGGGUGCAAACAAAUUUCUGAAAGCUUGAAUGUGCGUCAUGGCAGUGUGCCCUUACAUGCUGAUAGGACAGCAAGAGGCAGGCUUCCAAGUAGCUAGUUGCUUAGCUAGUGUUGUGUGCACAAGCACAGGACACAGCUUCAUUCUGUUAAUGCUGUUUUAAUAUAAAGUGAAUAAGCAGUGAUCAUCGAACUUUAUUUUCAUGAGCAUUCUAUGAACUCCACUUGAUCUAUAUUAUAUAAUGUAUGGUUAUAAUAUGUGUGAUAUAAUUAUAUGUAAUAUAAUAAAGGAAAUCCUGUUGCAGAUACCUCUGUUAUCUUAGAUAACAUCUUGAAAUCUUUUACGAUCGCUAUCCUGUUCCUAUAAAAUUCCCAUUAUUAAUUUUUUUUAACAAUAUUACAUACAUAUCAAUGUAAUUAGUCCUUUUGAAACUAUGCAUAUGAAAUAAAUAAGUGAACACUGAAAUCCGCAGAUAUUUCAGUGCAUCUGAAGGUAAGGCGACUGCUUCAUGCCACCAAAAAUUGGGCUGCUGUGACAGGUGACUUUCAGUUGACAUAUCAGCAGCUAAAUUCUGUGUGCAGUUGUUCUAGGUGGGCCAUUUACAUGAGCAGAAUUUCAGGUGAGGUUUCUGUUUGACCAAUGAGACUGUUUCCUUGUAAGUGUGGUCAUAUUCAGAGACUGUGGAACCUUUUUGGCUAAACCAGAAUACCGUCAGGCCAGAACCUGCGAGUUCUAUGCUGCACAUGAGGACAUGUAAACACAACACUUCUCUUGAAUGGCUUGCCUUUCUAGUGCACAUCUACACGUGAUGGUUCUGUUACAUAUAGAUCACAAGAACAGGAGUUGGAUUCAUGAUUGGGGCAGGCAUCGAGACUGACUCUGGGAUCUGACCAGUAUGUACUAGGGGUAAAGUAGCCAGGUAAUGGAUAUCAUAUGGAGUGUUACUUUUGUUCCCGUAUGUGCCUCAGUAGGCUCAGGGGUAACUUUUUCUUUACCUUAAAGAGGCAGUGGAUGUGAUUAUUUUACUUCGACAUUUGACAUAUAUUUACAGAACCCUGUCGACCACUGAGUUUUGUAUGCCCUGGUGACUGGUUUGUUACAUGUGUCAUACAUAAAUAUACUGCAUGUUGGUGGUUGCAGUGGCAACACUUUUUUCAUGAGAGGAGCAGGAAAAUUCAGGCUUGUGGAAGUGUGCACAUGACAGCAGAAUGGCCUCAGAAUCCAAAGGUGGUGCUUGUAGUUUCACAGUAUCUGUCCAUUUAGGCCCAUAAAAGUGAUUUUGGUAGCUCUCCAAAUUUGCCUGUCCCAUCUAGGAAUGUGAGAAGUUUGUGCUAAACAAGAUGCUUGUCAAGUUACCAGCUUACAACUAUACUAUUGGUGAAAUAGUGUCUAGCAUGGAAAGGGUUUAUUUCCUUUUGUAAAUAUCUGGUCAUCGGGUGAAAGAUGUGCACGUAAAAUGUGUAUCUUCAGACAUGAAUAUUUUCAGAAACAUGUAGCAGAAUUGUGAAAGUGGAAAUUUUUAAAGGAUCAUUUUUUGUUGUUGAGUAAGACGACAGUUUUGUCAGGAAGAACUACCAACUUGGGGGGGUGCCACUGUGUUCUUAGAUGUGGGACUGGUCCCCCAAACCUCUCUAGUCUUCAUUAAGUAGUUUUACUCCUCAGGGCUCUGUUUCCAGCUUUAAACCAAUGGCUCCCAGGAAGUGCUGUCCUCCAGGUUGUAGAGAAGGUGGCAUGUAUAUCUCUCACAGAACCCUGAACCAGCAUCGCCCUCAGCAACCUGCUCGUAUCUUGUAUUCGCUGUAAAGUAUUUACAUUUUAGAUAUGUCAAUCUGUAGUGACUUGUUGUUUUUGCAACUAAUAAAAAAGAUUGUGAAGACAGUUGAGGUACCACUUUCACCUCUCCUGCUAUGCACUAUGCA